CAACACUAAAGAUUUCCUCCCCACAGCUUACAGCCUCAGCUAGCCACUAAGAGCUGCAUUACCCCUCCAUAUGUUGCCAACUCAGCUGAGUGGGUAGGGUAUUUAAGUCAUAUCACCUCUUGAAAUCUCACUCAAACCAGUAAUUCCAUCUCUCAUUCCCUCCCUCGUUACAGACAACUCCCCAAAAACAAUCACCAUGUCUUUCCAUGAAUCCUGUGUAGACAUCCGCAUCGAAGUCCGUGGUGACCACACCGUCCUUCUCGCCGGCGCUGGAAUUGGUGACGACGCAUACGAACCCGCAGAGCUGAACCUCGACGAAUUUAUCGGCAACUCAGACGGUUAUUUUGCGCGGGACGGUGACAGUAACUCAUUCACCGAAAGCGCUGAGAACAUCGACUUGAGUUUCCGCGACGAUGGUGUUUGGUUGGAGGCGGAUCUGCUCAAUGCUGAAGGCGGGGAAAGAGAGCGUCAGGGAAUCAACCUGUCCGAAUGGAUUGAGAACCAGGACGGACAACUGGUGGCUAUCUGAUUCUAAAUGUGAUAUUAGGCUGCUACCUGCAUAAACAGUCAUGUAUUGGCUCAAUUUUUUCUUGAUUUAGUUCUCCAAGUGCUUCCCUCAAGACCAGUCAUAUUAUUCAGUGGGUUCACACUGCGGAAGGAAGGUUUCCCCCUGGGCUUAGUGUCCUAUAUGUUAUAGUGGAUUAGUUUAAUGGAAAAUACAGGGUUAGAUAGUUGGGAA